AUGGAAACUGAGCGAAAACUGAAAAAUAUCGCUAUGGAUUACUAUGAUUCAAAAAUUAACACGCGAGAAGCUUCAAAGUGCAUUACUAAUUUGACUUCUGAUAAAGGUGAUUCUGCAGAAGAUAAUGUCCUUUUAGAAAUUAGAAACCUAGCCAUAGUGAACGUCAGCUGGUGUGAACCUGUGGUUGUUGGAGAAGUAAAAGGCGAGGAUAGAUCAAAUGACGUCUUUGAUACUUUAUUGGACUUAAUAAGGAUUGGCCAUUUGUCAAAACAGGCAAUUGAUAACAACUUGUAUGAUGCCGUUCUUGGCAUGCAUGUUAUUGGCCUGCAGGCGACCAUAUAUGUUACGUGCCUGUUGGAUUAUGGUUUAUAUACUAUGCUUGAAAUCUACUCGAUGACUAUGCCCAGAGAUAUGUCUAAUAUCCGUGGCUAUAUCAGUAGUUGUGAAGAUUUGCUGCCCUUGUGCGACUUGUACAAAAACUAUUGUAGAAAGUCUAAUGAACCUGAGACACUAAGGCAGAAAAUUACACAAGGAAUCAGUGAUGCUGUUUUCAAAAAUAUUACUAAUACAAGCAAGAACCGCAAGCGGCCAUGCCCUUUUAUAGUUAAUCCAUAA